CUUUACUUCGUGGACUUAUCUUCUCCUCAGCUACAAUGAGUUCACAGCCUCAGGGUCAGCCAAUUCAUCCUGGUCACACCAUCUGGAUUUCCCGGUCUACUCCCUAUAGGAGGCCAGUUCCUGCUGAGGUCAUGGCCAGUUAUCGCCGCUAUCAGCUGCGUCAUCUUUCUCAGGAGUUCUACUCUUUCCUGGAGCGCCUGUCCUCCCCUACACUCCCAGAUUACCCUCUCUUGCCUUUUAACAUUGUGCAGGCAUCUUUGACUCACUCUUCUUCUACUCAAACAUCUCUGCCUCCUAUCCUGGUGGAUCAGCGGACACAAACAGAUGGUUGUCCACAUGCUGAACCCUGUUGCCCUAGGCUGACAACUCCUACCUCUCCUCCCCGUGCCUCAUCUCCUCGUUUUGCCUACAUUCCCUCUCUCUCUCCUAGUUUGGCUUCUUCUCCCUUUAACUCUGAGACUGGUUCCCCAGGCUUUGUUCCCUCUUCCCCUUCUCCCAGGCCUGGAUCCCCAGACUAUACUCCCACUUCCCCCAGGCCUGAUAGCUCUGGUUAUUACUAAGUUUAUUUGCAAUAAACUUCCCUUUCUCUUUUAUACUUCUUCUGAGUCCUGUGUGGUUUAUUUGCAUUAAUUAAUUACUCAUUCUUAUUAUGACAUCUGAGCUCUAUACCCAUAUAUCCUAUGAUAUCAAUAAUAAUAAGUCCUUACAUAUGCUCCUUUGGGGCACUUCUUAAUGUAUUAUAGAAUUUUCACAACAUCAUU